AUGUAUUUAGGAGAUGUUUACAAAAGAUUAAAAGACCAUGAAAAAGCUAUUAGCUGUUUGAAAGAAAGCUUAGAAAUUAGCACGACCAUUGGCGAUACGUAUUUAAUGGCAGAAAGCAAUCGCAAGUUAGGUAAUAUUUAUUAUUCUUUAGGAAAGUGGGAAAUCGCAAUUAGCCAUUGGAAAAAAACAUUAGAAUUAGGAACAGCCAUUGGCAAUCAAGGAAUAAUAGCAAAGAUCAAUCAGAGUUUAGGCUGCUCUUACGUUCAGCUAGGAAGAAACGACGAGGCACUUUUAUGUCUCGAAGAAGCGUUAAGACUUAUGACCGCUAGUGACGACAAGAAAGGGAUAGCUGAUGUUAAUAUGAGUUUGGGCAGAUUUUAUGAAAGAACGAAAGAUUAUGAAAAGGCAAUUAGCUUUUUGAAAGUCAGCUUAGAAAUUAGCACCGCCAUUAGUGAUCAGUCAUCAAUGGCAAAACAGAAUAGAAAUCUGGGUGAUCUUUAUCGUUGUAUAGAAAAGUGGGAAAGCGCAAUUGACUAUUAUAAGAAAACAUUAGAAUUGGGAAAAGCAAUGGACGAUCAAUGGGAAACAACAAUUGUUAAACGUAAUUUAGGCAAUUGUUACAUUAAACUUAAAAGAAAUAAAGAGGCCGCUCAAUGUUUUGAAGAAAUGUUAAGACUUAUUACCGUUACUGGGGACCAAAAAGGUAUAGCUCUUGCUAAUAUGUAUUUAGGAGUUGUUUACGAAGAAUUAAAAGACCACGAAAAAGCUAUUAGCUGUUUCAAAGAAAGCUUAGAAAUUACCACGACCAUUGGCGAAACGAAUUUAAUGGCAGAAAGCCAUGGCCAGUUAGCUAAAAUUUAUCAUUCUUUAGGAAAGUGGGAAAUCGCAAUUAACCAUUGCAAAAAAACAUUAGAUUUAGGAAAAGCAAUUGACGAUCAAAAAAGAAUAGCAAACACCAAUAUUUGUUUAAGCUACUCUUACGGUCAGCUAGGAAGAGACGACGAGGCACUUUUAUGUCUCGAAGAAGCGUUAAGACUUAUGACCGCUAUUGACGACCAGAAAGGGAUAGCUGAUGUUAAUAUGAGUUUUGGCAGAUUUUAUCAAAGAACGAAAGACUAUGAAAAGGCAAUUAGCUUUUUGAAAGUCAGCUUAGAAAUUAGCACGGCCAUUAGUGAUCAGUCAUCAAUGGCAGAACAGAACAGAAAUCUAGGUGAUCUUUAUCUUUGUAUAGAAAAGUGGGAAAGCGCAAUUGACUAUUAUAAGAAAACAUUAGAAAUGGGAAAAGCAAUGGGCGAUCAAGAGGAAACAGCAAAUGUCAAAUGUAAUUUAGGUAUUUGUUACAUUGAUCUAAAAAGAAAUGAAGAUGCACUUCCAUGUUUGGAAGAGGCGUUAAGAAUUUUCACCGCCAUUGGCCACCAGAAAGGAAUGGCUGACAGUAAUAGCCUUUUAGGUCACGUCUAUUUAUUUUUCGGUGAAUAUGAAAAGGCAUUCGCUCACUUAAAACACGCUUUAAACAUAUAUAAGGCUAUUGAUGACAAAAAUAGAAUUAAAUAUGUCAAUAACGAAUUGGGCCGUGUUCACCAGCAUAAAAGUGAAUACAGCAAAGCCAUCGACUGUCACAGAAAAUCUUUAGAGAUAGCAAAGACGGUCUGUGACCAAGCAGGUAUAGUAGAAGCCAAUUGUUAUUUGUUUUUGAUUUAUCAAAGAAUGGGAGAGCGUGAAAAGGCCAUUAGCUAUUUAGAAGAAAGCUUUCAAAUCGGCAAGGCUAUUGGUGAUAAGUCAUUAAUGGCAAAAAUCCAAGCCAAUUUAGCUGAUAUAUUUUUUUCCUACGAAAAGUGGGAAAAUGCAAUUGAAUAUUUCGAAAAAGCAUUUGAAAUUUUCAAAGCAGAGGGCAAUGAAACGGCCAAAAGCGCGAUCAUUGGCAACUUGGGAACUUGUUACCGUAAACUUGGAAUGUAUGAUAAGGCUUUGAAUUAUCACGAAGAGAGUUUAGAAUUAGCCAAAACGACUAGAAUGCCAUCAGGGAUAGCAGACGCCAACAGACAAAUCGGUAUUACAUAUAAACUGUUGGGUGAUCAUAAAAAAGCCAUCGAACAUUGUACAAAAAGUUUAGAAAUAGGCACUGAUAUUGGCGAGCCGUUAAUGGUGAUAGGUAGUUAUGAAGAACUCGCAGAUGUUUACAAGAGUUUAGGAGAAUACAAAGUUGCAUCAUCAUAUUUACUAAAGCUUAUUAAAGUUCUUGAAGAGCAGUUCCAAAAUACGGUUCCAGAUGAAAACAAACUUUCCUUCACAUGUUUUUUCUGUAGAGUCCAUGGAGAGUUAAUGAGUUGUUUUGUUUCUCUGGGGCGCAUAGAAUCAGGAUUAUUAGUGACUGAUCUGGGAAGAGCUAAAGAGCUCCAUUUUUCUAUUGAAAGAAAAAAAAAUUAUUUCGAUGCAGAAUCGUUUCACUACGCAAAAUCUAUAUGGGACAAAAUUGAGAAAGGGGAGGAAAAUCGAGAAAUAGAGCGAAUACAGAACAUCCUUCAGGUAGAAAAUGACGAUACUUCAAUAGUGUUAUUUGCGUUUGAUUACAAUGAAGGGUCUCUGAAGGAGAGGUCUCAACGUUAA